UCAAUUUAAUUAAAAACUUUUCCAUUUCUUCAUUCAUAAAGAUAUUUGUUGAAUAAACUUCAAUAGAUUAAGAGCAGUGCUUAACUAAAUGUUGCACUAAUUAAUCAGCUAAUCAUCUUACGAGUUUCGAUUUGCAUACAUAAAUUAUGGAAACAGAUGCUCCACAUGCAGCUGGAUGCACCGAUCUUGGUCCGCCGAAACAAAGCGGCCUCAUUAAGAUCCAGAGAUUGUAAUCAAUCCAAGGGUCGCCAUAGAGUAAUGAAGUAGCGGUGGUCAUGUGAAUGGAUCCGCUGUGGUGACGAGCGCUUUGAUUGGAACGCCUCUGGAUGCGACAUGCAUACCAAUUAGUGGCGAGUGUUACAUUUGGCUGGGCUCUGGUGGACACCGCGUCGGGCGGAAUUGGGCAAUGCGAAUCGGUGGCGAUGGGAUAUUGCAACAGAGUACAAGACCUGGGAGCGAUUGCAAAUCGCUGGGCAGUCGGACAUGGGAGGCAGUGCCAUCGAUGGGCCUGCAGUUGGCCGAAUUUAUUCAAAUCAGUUGGAUUCCGCGUGGGGAAGCGUAUAGGUGUCGUCGUCUGCUCGGUGAUCUUGUUGUCAAUUGCAAUGUGCAAAUACGUCUUAAUUGCUGCACUGGCCGUAAUGUGCUCCUCGGUGCGAGUCCAAGCCACGCUGCACGAUCUGCCCGGGGUCUUUGACUUCUCCAACGUGGAUCUGGUGAACUUCCAGUACUUCAAGAACCUGGCAUCGCAGGAUCCGCGCACCGCCGCCACCGCCAGUCCACUUCUGGUGCACUUUCAGAAGAAGAAGGCGGUGCUGGACUAUCUGGACCGCUUGUUCUUCGGCAACUCUCCGUUCCAGCAGCCCAGCGAGAUCCCCUUCGAUCCGCACUUCGGUCGCUCCUGGCGUCCGGUCUACGAGCGAAAGUUUGGCUAUCGCGGGGAGCGCCUCAUUGCUGCCCUGGGAUCGGGGUAUUCGGUGCCACAACUGCGCCACUUUGGAGCCAUUCCCCGCGAGUAUGGCACACCGCACUAUCCCAGUUGAGUGGGAAUUGCACUUCAGCGACUCUAGAUAGUGUAUUUAUGGAAUAAACUUAAGAAACGAA